GGCGCCGCUGUCCGCGAACGCUCGCCGGUAAGCAGAGCGCACCAUGUUUCCGGCGCGGCAAGAAGUUGGGACCGCGGCGGCGGCGUUCCAGUACGCGGCGGCCACCUGCUACCCGACCAGCUGCUCGCCGCCCCCGCAGUAUGCCGGCUUCGGAGCCACCGUGCACGGAGGCCUGGUAGACGCCGUCGACUGGACCGGGGGCGGCGGCGGCUACCGCUACGACGACUGGGCCGCGCUUCAGCAACAGCAGCAGCAACAGCCGCAGCCUCAGGGUCUGUACGGAGGCUACGCGGUGGUGCCCGAACCUCCGACCACGAGCCCGGACUCCGGCCUGGCCCCGUCGGACCUGAGCGGCGGCACGCCUUCGCCGGGACUCGUGCAGCCGCAGCCGGUGUCCAGGCCCGCGCCGGCGAGGUCGCCCUACGAGUGGAUGAUGAAGCCCUCGUACCAGGUGCAACCAAACCCCGCCGCCCGAUGUGCCUUCAACACCGUCUGUUUUGCCAUCCCGCUAUUGGACGAAGCGGGCAAAACACGGACCAAGGACAAGUACCGCGUCGUGUACAGCGACCACCAGCGGCUGGAGCUGGAGAAGGAGUUCCACUACAGUCGCUACAUCACCAUUCGGCGCAAGGCGGAGCUGGCGUCAAUGCUGGGCCUAAGCGAGCGGCAGGUCAAGAUCUGGUUCCAGAACCGGCGCGCCAAGGAUCGCAAGCAGGCCAAGAAACAGGAGGAGAUGCUGCACCGAGAGCUGGUCAAGGCAGAGCCCGUUCCUACCGCCACGCUGCCGCCUUUCUCAGCGGCGGCGGCGCCCACCGAUGGUUACUCAUAGUGACACGCACACUCGUGGAUACACUCUCCGCCACGGGCGGCCGUCGUCAACGUACAGUUUCGUAUGGGGACUGCUAGGGGAGAAAUCUGGCGCUGUUGUACGUACGGGUUUCCGGAUGUCGCCUUUCAAAGCCACUUGGGGAGUAGUGAUGGAAAUGUUGGGUAGAAAGUACGCGGACUUCCUUCGUCACACAUCGAAGCUAGAGGAGAAGUGGUUGUUUAGGGGGCCGGGAAAUAAGGUGUUGAGUGAAGAGUGGAACACUGACUGGAGCUCGGUCGAAUAAGCGCUUUCUUUUAAAGUAAACUCGUUGCUACGAGGAUACAUUGCCCUGGUAACAGCUGAUGUGCUUAUUACGGCAUUUAGCUUUAGCAAGGGGGUUCAACCGAAUGCCCUAAGUUCUCAAAAGUUAGUUGGGGUGUUGUUUUGUCAUGUAUUCAAGUGUUUCGAACGUUCAUUUAUUGUGGAUUUUACGUCAAGCCGAUAGCCAAGCCGAAAUAAAGGUCACGGCUACUAUGACGAGUGGACGGCUGCUUUGCCAGAUUCCUCUUCAAGCAGCACGAAACUAUACGGUUCUCCACGGACGCACAGGCCAACGGGGCUCAUCGUGCAAUGGACAAUAUGCGCGCCUUCCAGAUGGCGCCGUGGCCGACAGCGGGACACUUACUCUGUGCAUGGACGAAUGGUGCCACGGACUAUAAGUUGCUGUGUGUGUUUACGGACCACUUGAUGGCCACUUGCGACCUCCAAGCACUGUUUCUUUACAUGGGACAGCGGACAACCGACAGUGCGCGAACGUGUGCCUCAGAAAUAGGCCGUGCUGUGCGCAGUUUGAUCGGGUAAUAACGUUUUUGUUUU